AAAACAACAGCAGUCGCAGUCUGCUGUGUUGAAUGAAGGUUGUUUAUGGCUGUGAGUGAAGCUGAAAGUAAAAGCUCUGUUUUGAACUGGUGCUCCGAAUGAAGAGGAGGCAGAAGAAAAGCAAUGACUAUGCUAGAAUUGGCUGUGCCUGCAUGAAAUGAAACAUUUACUCUCUGCCCAUUUUUACUUGGAGGCUUGAGAUGUGGGUUCUGUGACAUUCUGCGUUGCUUUCAGCUGUACAUUUUCGAAAGGAAAUCAUGCCACAAACACCGACCUUUGCAGCAAUGUUUAACAGCAGUGGUUACAGCCGACACCUAUACUCAUCCAGCGAGGAGAAUUAUGGAGGUCUGUUUUACCAUGACAACAACCUCGUGUCAGGGUCUUUGGAGGCACUGAUCCAACACCUUGUGCCUACAGUGGACUAUUAUCCUGAUAGAACAUACGUAUUUACCUUUUUGCUGAGCUCACGUCUUUUUAUUCAGCCACAUGAGCUCCUCGCGAAAGUUUGCCUCAUGUGCAUUGAGCAACAACGACUGAAUGAGGCCAUUUUAGAUAAGGCUAAAAUAAGAAAAUUUGCACCAAAAAUAAUGCAGCUAUUGGCUGAAUGGACUGAGAUAUUUCCCUAUGAUUUUCGAGAUGAGAGGAUGAUGAGAAACCUGAAGGACAUGACACUCAAGAUAGCUACUUUGGAUGAGUUACAUCGGAAAACCAUGCAGCAGAUUACUCAGAAUCUGAUCCAGAAGCUUGCUACCCUUAACCAGUAUGAAGAAGUCCUCUCAAAAUUAAAUGCAACUGUCACAGACCGACUUACUGUGCUAAAGACCAAACCACAGUCCAUUCAAAGAGAUAUAGUGACCAUCUGCAGUGACCCGUAUACUUUAGCUCAGCAGCUAACACAUAUAGAACUGGAACGACUCAGUCAUAUUGGACCUGAGGAAUUUGUUCAAGCCUUUGCACACAAAGACACUUUAGACAACAACAAGAACUGUUUUAAUGAUCUGAAAAAAGCAAGCAACCUGGAAGCAUAUGUAGAGUGGUUCAACAGACUGAGCUAUCUCGUCGCGACAGAGAUCUGCAUGCCAGUGAAGAAGAAGCACAGGGCACGAGUAAUAGAAUAUUUCAUUGAUGUGGCUCGGGAAUGCUUCAAUAUUGGCAACUUCAAUUCCUUGAUGGCAAUUAUUUCUGGCAUGAACAUGAGCCCUGUUUCUAGACUAAAGAAAACCUGGGCAAAAAUCAAAACGGCUAAGUUUGAUAUCCUUGAGCAUCAAAUGGAUCCUUCUAGUAAUUUCUACAACUAUAGAACAGCUUUGCGAGGAGCAGCUCAAAGAUCAAUGACAGCCCAUAGCACCAGGGAAAAGAUUGUAAUUCCUUUCUGCAGUCUCUUAAUCAAGGAUAUUUACUUUUUAAACGAGGGUUGUGCCAACCGUUUACUGAAUGGCCAUGUCAAUUUUGAGAAAUUCUGGGAGCUUGCAAAGCAAGUCAGUGAGUUCAUGACCUGGAAACAAGUGGAAUGCCCGUUCGAACGUGAUCGCAAAAUUCUUCAAUAUCUUCUCACAGCUCCUGUCUUCUCUGAAGAUACACUUUACUUGGCUUCGUAUGAUAGUGAAAGCCCUGAGAACCACGUUGAGAAGGAGAGAUGGAAGUCUCUAAGAUCAACACUUCUAACAAGGGUUUAGCUUCAAUGUAAACUUCUCUAUAAAUGGUCCCCAAACCGAAGAUGUUUUGCAGUACUUGCCAUCUGAGGACAAGGCAGUUGGCCUACAGUAGUCUAGAACUCCUAUGUCAGAACAAAGGAGGCUGAAUCUCAGUGAGAGCCAAAACAGACAUUGGAUGCCUGUAUUUCAUCAGCCGCUGAUCAAUUCAAACAUGUCACUUAUUUUUUUGUUCAGCUUGAUGGAUGUAAAUUCAUUAUGAAUUGAACUUUGAGAGUGUCAUCAUGAUUGCACAUCUCUUCAGUAUUUGCUCUCAAGUUGUGGACUAAACGUCAGGGAUACAGCUGGUUAUUCUCUGCUGUUUCAGACAGAAACUCAAAAAUUGGUGCUGGUCUCCGGAUAACUGGAAUUAAAACUGAACAAUGAGAUGACUGCUGGUUUGUCAACUCAGUAUUGUUGGGAAAAAGACUGUUAAUUUAAUGAUGUUUAUGACAAUGGUCACCGAAAUAUAGUCCUGGAAUGCAAUAGAUUUGUGUAAUAUGAGAAAUAUGGUUACAUCCAUGACCAAAUUGAUCCCAUAGAAUACUUUGUAAACAUUCCGCAUGGCUGUGUGAUUCACACUUGGAUAGGUUUUAACAAAUGUUGAGAUGUAGAUUAACACAAAAGAAUGGAAAUGCCCAAAUGCAUUAUUUUGGCAUAUGUAAGAGUUAAAGAGCAUUGUAGUUGCUGUUAGAAGAUAUUUGUAAUUUUCACAACUUAUAUUAAAAUAGUGGUGUGAAAGCAAUAGUGUACCCGAUCAGCAGAAGCCACAGAGGGAUUGGUUCUGUAGGAAGACUUGUAGAUUCAUUAAUGAAGUUGUAGGUGGUUAAUUAUCCUAGGAAAUGCACUGUUUAGUUAGUCACAUCAGCAUUAGGAUUGUGCAAUACCUUGUCUUUUAGACAUCUUUGACUUGCUUUCAGUAGGUGUAAGCACUUAAAAAUAUUCAUUCCAUAUGUCAUGAUAGACAUCAUGGGAUGAUAAAAAAUAAUGAAUGUGAUUCAGAAAAAUAUAAAUGCCAGUGAUUCACUAAUGGAGCUGACAAGAUAAUGUACAUGUCUUUGUAAACUACUUGAACAAAGGUGAAAUUUUGCAGGCAUUUUGUCCUGCUGUUGUCUUUUUGUGUUUUUGUUUAAAUCACAAUUUGUGGUUAAUUUAUCUGAGUAUGUAAUUUAUACUUUUAUGUGUGUAUCAUAAUGUAUUUCAAGUGUCAAGAUUGCUUAAAAGUAGACUUUAUUUUUAAUUUUAUGCAGCUGAAAUGGGGCUUUUAUAUAUAAUGAAGGUUUCUUCUUUCACCAAGUGUGCAAGUGAAGUUGUUUUAUACUGAACCUUUGGCAUAGCUCAAUCUACAGAUUAUUGAAGCAAUAGAGAAAAAAUAUUCUAGUCAUGCAUAGCAGCUUUGAUAAUUUUAUGCAGCAGCACAUAGUACUUCUGCUACCAAAUGAUUAUUAAUGAGUCUGUAUAUCCAUGGGAAGCAGACACCAGUAUUCCUAUAUGGCAGGAUUUCUAGGCACCUCACUCCAUUAUGACUCAUGUUACCCACUGGAUGUUAAACUAGUCGCCACCUCUGCAGGAUUGUUUAGACUGGUGUUCAAACCCUGUCAUUUCUGAUACGGAGUUAGGAGUGCCAUGAUUAAGACAAAGAAUUGGCUGGUCCAUUAAUGUUGUUGGCAGAUUACGUGGAACAGAGCAGGAUGUUUCUGCCAAAGUUACAUAAAGUACCAUCAUUAAUAUCUACACAAAAUUGGAAAACUGCAAUCCGUAUUAAUGUUGAAUUUACCUAACAAGUAUACUAGAGCAGGGAACAGGCUCAAAAUUCAACUUGAUGUAACUUAAGAUGGAUGAUGCUGGGUUUAUAUGUGAGUCCUCAAAUUAUACCAUUGACUAGUACAUUGGACUAACUUCAUCUGAACCAGUGCUCUGGUGAAGUUCCCUGUUUUAUAAGCAUGAAUUCGUAGAGUGACUUGAUAAUAAUUCACAGAACAGAUUCAGUACCUAUCAACAAUAACUGUUUUAGUCAUGGCAGCUCACAGGUUCCAGUCAAACCUAUACUAAAGAAAUGGGACUUCGUAGAGUCAUACAACACUGAACAGACCCUUCAGUCCAACCAGUCCAUAAUCCCAAACUAAGCUAGUCCCAACUUCCUGCUCC